AUGCCGACGGCACACGUUGAGCCGGGUUGCGACCCAUUACUCCAAGACAUCGCGAAUACGUUGUGGAAGGCACGGAAGAUUGUGGUCAUCACCGGGGCCGGCAUCAGCACCAACUCGGGCAUUCCCGACUUCCGCUCUGAGAACGGUCUCUAUUCGCUGAUCCAGGCCCAGUUCGAGGCUGCGCAACAGAAAGCGCACGGAAGCAGCAACAACGCGGCCGUGUCAGACGCGCCGCCCGACGAAAGACCGCGAAAACGGCCCCGGAUAGCGGAUGAUGUGCCCGAGAGACCAUUUCCGGGCUUGUAUAAGCCUGCCGCAAAGAACGAGACGCGAGCAGCGGACGACAUGAGCCCUCCGCGAGAUCAGCCACGAUCCCCCAGCCCACAGGGGCCUCGACCCGACGUGGGGAUGGCGGCGCAAGAACCGGGGUCGCCCGUCACAGGCCUGGAUUCCCCGCUGCGAUCAUCCACGCCUCUCCUCAGUCCUCCAACCUCGCCUUGGCGGCCGAACCCUAACGACACGAACCCGACCCUGUCGGCUGCGGAAGGCUCCGCUGCUAUUACCUCGUCUCCUCCGCGCCUCAUCCUCGAGACUCCGCGGCCCAUGGCCAGGCUCAGCCACCUGGAUUCGCUUCCCGGGAGCUCCUCCCCUCUCUCCUCCCCGCCGCCGAUCACGUUUGACCCUUAUCAGGAGUCGACCGACUCGUCCGGCGAAAGCGACGACGACUCAUCCCAGUCUCGGCGCUCUGAGGCCUCGUCAAGUUCCACUCCCCUGUUGUCGUCACGGACAUCGUUCGCGUCCUCACGGGCCUCCCUUCCGAUCAUGAAGGGCCGUGACCUAUUCGACGCACGGAUCUGGUCUUGUCCGAUCAAGACUUCGGUCUUCUACACAUUUGUGUCUACGCUUCGCCAAAAAGUGCGCAGCGCCGAGCCGACCAGCAGCCACCGCUUCGUCAGCGUCCUGCGCGACAGCAGGAAGCUGGUGAGAUGCUACACUCAGAACAUCGAUCAACUUGAGGAACGCGUGGGCCUCAGCACAUCGCUGUCUUUGGGAGCAGGAAGUCGAUACCGUUUUUCGCUAAGAGCCAGCCGCAGCUCCUCCGGGCUAAAUCGUUCGAACAAGGUGACCGAUGGCAACGCAGACGACACGCAGGGCCUCGAACCUGGCGCGCCGCUGUCACAGUCGGCCUCCGACUCCGUUUCCUCCGGGCCCGCGGCUCCUAAUCGAGGUGUCGAAUGCGUAUUCCUGCACGGGUCUUUGGCCGAGCUCCGCUGUUUUGUCUGCGCCCGGACGGCGUCGUGGGACGAAGAAGCCCGACUAGCCGACACCCUUGCAGGCCGCCAGCCCACGUGUCCUCACUGCGCCGGCGCAGCGGCCGCCCGGGAGGAAAAGGGCAAACGGGCGCUCGGUGUUGGCAAGCUCCGACCUGACAUUGUGCUGUACGGCGAAGAGCACCCGCAUGCCCACCUCAUCAGUCCUCUAGUCCAGCACGACCUUUCGCUGGGCCCUGACAUGCUGCUCAUUUUGGGCACGAGCAUGCGGGUUCACGGGCUCAAGGUGCUGGUGAGGGAGUUCGCAAAGGCCGUGCACGACCGCGGGGGCAAGGUGGUCUUCGUGAACUUCACGAAGCCACCCGAGAGUGUCUGGGCCGACAUCAUCGACUAUUGGGUGCAGUGGGACUGCGACGCGUGGGUCGGCGACCUGCAGAGGAGAAAGCCGGCCCUCUGGCUGCCGCCCGGUGCUGCACUCCCGGAAGGGGAGAAACAGAAGACUGCCAGGGUGUCGCGAAGGCACAGCGGCCCCGAGUCGAGCAAACGGAAGGAUGGCGCCGAAAGGGCGCCCAAGAAACGCAGGGAGAGCGGCACGUUGGCGAGCAGCCAGAGCCGUGGAGACGGCCGUCGGCUCUCUGGCGACGUCGACGGGCAAGAAAGAUGCAGCCCGACACUGCCACUAGAGGUGCCAGCGCAAGCGACUUCCCCAUCUUCAAAGACCGUACCCAAGAAGCCGGCUAAGGCUCCUCGCGAGCGCGUACUCAAUCCCAAUGCCAAGCGCCCGGCAUCCACGCGGGAUCAUAAGCUCAACGGGGCGUACUUGGUAGGCAAAAUCAUGGUCAACUUGCGGCGCAUCACCGGCCGGUCCGUCGGCGCACCGGCCGUCGGUGCUCUCAGCAGGAACUCCCCUCGGCCUAGGGCCAAGAAACCUCGCAAGUCAGCGCCCGCGGCCAUUCAAGCGGAUAAGGCCGCCGCUGCGGAGCCAUCCCCGUCUGUUUCCGUGAGCAUGGCGCAUACGACAGCCACAAUAUCGUCCCCGUUGCCCGAUACCCAACCCUACGAACCCCUCGUCUUCACGAGCGACAGCUCCAUCUCCGCAGCGGUCAAGAGCCGCAAGCGGAAGCAGGCUGUCGCGUGGCGGAUGAUCCGCGGCGUCGAGACGCUUGUCUCGCUCGAUGACCGCGCGGAACCUAAGACGUCUUCUCUACCUCACACGACGGCUGUCUUUCGGCCCUCGUCAGUCCCCGAGUCCCUCCGACUGCCGCUGCCAACGCCAACCGCACCCCUACCGUCUCCUGCGUACCGUCCGAGCCACGCCCAGCAGCCCGCAGCGGCCACUCCCGUCUUAUCCCACGGCAUAGACCUCGACGCCGGCUUCCGCGAAACAGACCGGCUCAUUGCCCAGAUGCAGCGCCAACAAGCCAGUUUCCACCCACACCCCUAUCAGCUCCCGCCUCCGUAUCAGCAUCACCACCACCACCACCACCAACAACAACAGACCCCACAACACCCCUCGCUCUCCCGCCCCGCAACCCCGGCCGCGCUGCACCUCCCCCCGCUGAAGCGCCUCCCGCCCGAGCAGGAGGACCACCACCAUCACCGCCACAAGCCCGCCGCGCUCGAGCCCAAGGUCGAGUCGCCCGGCCCGCGCGCCGAGAUCUCGUCCAACGUGGGCUCGCCCGCGUCGGCGUCGUCGUCCGCGCGGAUCCCGGCGGCCGGCGGUGUGCGGAGCGACCCGUUCUUCUUUGCCGAUCCGCUGGCUGGGUUGUUGCGGUGGCCUCCGGGCCCGGACCAUGAGGGAGAUGGACUGGAUUGGAGUGGUGGGGUGCGGGUGGUCGGGCACGGCCACGGUCACGGCCUUGGCGGCGACAACCAUGGCCAACGGGACGGGCACGGCGAGGGGCACGGCCAAAGCGAUGGGCACGGGCAUGGUGACGGCCACAGCAACGGAAACAGCGAGGGGCACGGCCACGGCCACGAUGACGGGCAUCAGCGGGAUCAGGUGCUGCCGCGCCAACGGGAGGGGUUGGUGGCGUGGGGUUCUGAACGGGAGGGGCUUGGAAGGACGGCGGGAUUGGGAUUGGGAUUGGAAUUGGAAUUGUCUCGGACCGGAAUUGGGCUGGGGUUGGCGGAGCAAGCGGAUGCCGGGUCGCCCUUGGCCGCGGACAGCUCGGCGGCGUGGUGUCCUGACGAGCAGCUGCGCAAGGAGCAGGAGGCCGCGUUGAUGUUGUCCGCCAUGCGGGGGAUAACGGAGGGAUGUUGCUGA